CCACAUAUUCUUGUCAGCCUCUCUGUGCUCAGCUCGCGGCCAAUUGUCGGCCAAUCAGCGCGACGACGACGCUGUAUAAGAGGGUGAGCACGGAGCCAGAGUCAGCGGGCUUACGGUCGUUCUUUGCGUUUCGGGCACGUACGUAUCGUCAAACCCUACGCGAUCAUGUUGCACAAGCUCGGGGUCCUGUCUUGCCUUCUCUCCGCGGCGACGGCCGUAUCGGCGCAGCUGUACUGGAAUUCAACCCAAUUCCUGUUCACCUUGGGCGAUUCAUAUACCACAGAUGGCUUCAACAUCUCCGAGGGCGUGAAUUCCACCAACCCAGGUUACACCUCGUCAAACGGCCCUAACUGGGUUGAAUACCUCGGUGGGACGUAUAAUGUGACCAAUACCAAGGUCUUCAACUUGGCAUCUGGAGGCGCGACGAUUGACGCUGCGCUCGUCGCGCCCUACCUGCCCACUGUCCUGUCCAUCGUAGACCAGGUCUCGCAAUUCGAGGAAUACCUCGCGCCAAAGCCGUACGGCGCCCAAUGGGACAGCUCCAACAGUCUCUUUGCCAUUUGGAUUGGAAUCAAUGACGUGGGCAACUCAUAUGCUUGGACGAACGUCACUUCGCAGCCGGCCUUCCACACGAUCCUGAUGGACAGGUUGUUCAGCCAGAUUGAAACUCUGUACGGCUCCGGAGCCCGGAAUUUCCUUUUCCUGACGGUGCCUCCCACCAACCGCGCGCCAUUGCUCAUCGAAGCAGGUCCAACCGCCGUUGCUCAGAUCACUGGUGCGCUUGCGGACUACAACGACCAGCUCAUCGCGUACGCGGGGCUGUUCGAAGCGACGCACAGCGGGACGAGCGUGCGCAUCUUCGACCCGCGCCCGGUGUUCAACACCCUGCUGGACAACUAUCCCACCUUCGGGUACGUCAACAUCACUGGUUACUGCGAGGCGUACGAAAAUGGCACGCCGUCCAUGACGACCCAAGACGCCCCGUGCGAGCCCGUGUCGAGCUACUUUUGGCUAAACACAUUGCACCCGCUAUACACCGUCCACAACAUUUUAGCACACGCCAUUGCUACGGCGCUCGACUAUUAGGCACGGAUCCUGGAUCGCAAUACCUCGCUGGCGCCGGCGAAGUAGCUCACUCGCUCGUCAUUAGGUUAGACUCGGAUCGGACAGGCGUAUUGCACGUGUAGAUUUCGUAGUCCUGGGACAUAUCAGAUACGGAUCCCUACGGCCAACCUACCGAUCAUAAAUGAUGAACCUACUUGCUCGCUGAGUAGUGCACCGCGGUCCCUAU